ACUGCACUGUCAGCAUAAAAUGUCUUCUUCUCAAGAGGUCGUUGCUUCUCUCUCUCAUUCUCUCCCUCUCUUUAUCAUUGAAGAAUACGAGAAGCUACUGGCUAUCAUUAACAUCAAGCUACCUCCUAAUCCUUCUCAAGGGCCAUCUCAUAGAUUCUGGGACUUGUUCAACGCCCACGCAGCACAGAAGGGAUCAUCAUUAGAGGUUGCUGUUACGUACCUGUACACUAUACUGAAUGGACUGGAAUGGAAGGAAUUAGCUAAACUCAAGGCCUUUAUCAAGAAUGAUGUUAAAGUUGAUGUAAAAGUGACUGAAGCAUUGACACGUGUUAAGAAUGACCUCCCUAAGCGUAUCAUUGAUUUGGGAGAUCAGCUGGGAGAGUAUCAGUUGAGUCGAUACCGUCUGGCUGUGUCCGUAUUAACCAACCGAGACCUCAUCUCUCCUGGAGUACCUUUUAAUGAAGUGUAUGAAGACAUUUUGUUAAAGAAAUGUGGUUCCUAUCCAGUUGCUAUUGCAUUCAUAAUCGGAGUCCUAGAGAGAUCAGGCUGGGGUGAUACUAGGAGAUUGAAACCUUUUGCUGACCGGAGUGUUGAUUUUAAUACACGAUUCUCUAAAGUUGAUCUCUGCCUGACAGUUGCUGAUUACUAUGGUAACAUGAGUGAUAGGGACUUUAGCAGUGCUAAGGUCUAUACCUCUGCCGUUCAUCUCAAGAACCUGAGUGUCUCUAACAAGAAUAGGAUUGAGUUUACGCUGCUGCUGAUGAAGCGUAACGUUAUAAGUGUUGGUGAUGUGUCUAAAAUUGAAGAUAAAGUACGGUAUCCUAUCUUCUUUAAGGAGUACAAGAAACGAACUGAAAAUCUUCUUAAAGAAAUGAAUCCUCAGCAUAUGGUGACUCCAGAACAACAACAAGAUACUCACUUAUACACCACAACCACUGAGCUCUCUGAAUCAACUGCAUCUGAAUGUACUGAAGAUAGUCAAAGUAUUGAGCAGCCAUCUAUCACUGUUUCCCAUCGGACAAUGACAGCUGCUGCUACUAGUCUAGAGACUACUCAAUCAUCAGGAACUACUGUAUCAUCAUAUUGUUCAUCAUCUACUGAUUCUGACCCUCUUGAUGCUGCUCCUGUAAUGAUGAAGGUGGUUAAAUUUCUAAAACCAUUUGAGUCACAGUGGCAUCUAAUAGGAGUCAGUCUUGAACUUAAAGUGGAUAAACUGGUGAUGAUUGAUUACCGUAACAAUAGCUCCUGUCUAGCAACAGUACUUAAUGCUUGGAAGAGUAGUCCUGGUUCAGUUCCUUAUACCUGGAGGAGUGUCAUUGAAGUACUCGAGGCUUUAGGAGAUGAUGGCAGUGUGAAGAGAGAGAUAGAAAAUUUUUUAUUAAAACAGUAGAUGAAAUUAAUACUUUUAUUGUAUUCUAAUAUUUUCAAGCCAUCUACAUUGAACUGCUUCAAUUGAAUCCACUCAGUUAUCAUUUAAUGAUUCGAUGAGUCUAGCAAAAUAA